AACACUCUCCUUCCACUCUCUUCUCCACCCUUCUUUCACCUUUUAUAUAACUGUUUCCCCUGUAACCUUGCUCGUUGUCGUUGCAAACAUGGGCGAAGAAGUUAGGGUCACCGCUUCGCACAACCCAAACACCGUAAACGACGAUGAGAAGCUCGAAUUCGAUAUUUACCCUUUGAAUUGUUACUAUUUUGGAUCCAAAGAUCCUAUUCCCUUCAAAGACCCCACCCUCUCUCAUCGCCUUCUCAGCUAUGCUGCCCGAGGAAUGCGUACUUGUGUCCAGGCUGUUUUGCUGGUUGAAUUGUUCAAACAUCCGCAUUUGUUGUUGUUGCAAGUAAGAAAUUCCAUCUAUAGUCUCCCCGGUGGCCGAUUAAGGCCAGGUGAAUCAGAUACUGAUGGGUUGAAGCGUAAGCUGGCAAGGAAGCUUUCUGUUGAGGAAGAUGGGGAUGGGUUAGAAUGGGAGGUGGGUGAAUGCCUUGGAAUGUGGUGGAGGCCUGAUUUUGAAACGUUACUGUAUCCUUUCUUGCCACCUAAUGUAAAACAGCCCAAGGAGUGUACGAAAGUCUUCCUUGUGAAGCUGCCAGCCAGUCGAAAGUUCAUUGUGCCGAAGAACAUGAGGUUGCUUGCAGUCCCAUUGUGCCAAGUUCAUGAAAAUCACAAGACAUAUGGGCAAAUUAUAUCAGGGGUACCACAGCUUCUGUCAAAAUUCUCUUUCAACAUGAUUGAAUCUUGAUGCCUGAUUGUUUUCUAUCAUCCAGAGUGAAGUGAUCUCAUUAGGUAGCCUCUCAGUCUGCGACUAAGGCUUUGCACCUUAGCAUCCGCUCCUUAUAUGCUGCGCUGCCAGAGACUUGUAUAUAUCAUAGUAUACAUAUCAUACCUUUCUAUACGAAAAAUGACACUGUAAUGUUGAAAAUAGCAACAUAUAUUAUACUCAUGGUUAGUGUAAAAUUUUCUUCAGAGUAAUGGAGUUUGAUCAGUUCUUUCA